UCUUCUAUCCUACUUCAUUAGAAUAUUGAGAGAAUAAUAUGGAAAAGCUUAAGGUCUUUAGCAAAUAAAUAAUUUGGAUCACAGAUCAUAUAUUUUGUCUUUACCAGCAGGUGCAUUAACUGAAACAUUUGACCUUACUCAUUUGACCCAUUUUUAUGUUUCAUCUUCCACCUUUGCAGAGAUUGAAAACUGAAGACAUUUGCAUAACUUCAAAGACAAAAUCCACAGAAUUCCCAUCUAAGGCGGAGGAGGGAAAGGUCAAGGAAAGAAACUUUAAUAUUCUAUCAGACCUGUUUCCAGUCUACAAAAGUUGCUAUGGAGCAGAUCAGCAAUUUUUUCCAUUCCAUCGGGUCUUUUAUCUUCUUAAAACACCAGGAGGGCAUCUAUAACACAAUCUGUCUUGCUGUUUUAAUGGGGUUACCUGUUCUUGUCCUCCUUGUUGGAAUCUUCAUCUGUUGCCAUUGUUGUUUUUGUGGCCAGCAGCAAAGGGACAAAAAUAGCCACAGCAGCAGUGUUCCAAUCCAAGGGAAAAGAAGGCAUAAUAUUAUGAAGAAGAAGAAAAAGAAAGAGGAAGAUCUGUGGAUUUCAGCCCAGCCCAAAGUGUUCCUGCUGGCAAAAAGGCCAUCAUCAUUGGUUUAGAGGACUGCAGGCGGACAAAAGUUACUUUCCUUUUGUAUACAGGAGUAUUCCUAUUCCUAUCUCAUAAUGUGUUCAGCUCCAUGUCAUAAAUCUGAGAACAUGCCAUUCUGUCUUACUUCCACAUGAAGGAAGCUACUUUUUCCGUGGCACGACAAAACCGCGGUCCACUAAAGCGCGCCCGAUUAAAGCGCGUACCUGACAUCAUCAGCG